CGUUGUACUCCAUGGAUAUCUCCUUUUAACUAAAGCGUUUUAAGUACCAAAUUUGGCAACUGUAAUUUUGCCAUUUGCGUCAAAACAAGAAAAAUAUUUUGAUCACUCAACAAAAUUUUUAUAUAUAAAUAUUUAUUAGAAGUAUGAGAAAUGAUUUUCAUAAAUUAUAGAACUGUUAACCGAUAAUUUCAUCAAAUUAACUUAAAUGCGGCUCGCAUUACGCUUCGAAUGUUUGCUAAUUAAAAUAUGUCUGUCGAUGGGAAUAUUAAUGUUUACUGUAUAGAAAUUUAUUGAAUGAUUAGUAAUUUAAUUUGAAUUUUGCCUUGAUUAGCGAAAACACAAGACCUAAAUCAUGAAGAUGGUUAAUGUUGAGCCCUAUGUUGAUGUGGAAAGCAGCAGAGCUUAUAUUGAUGGCCUUUUCUCACCUGAUUCACAGACAUGUUUGGAUGCAGUUAUUCAUCUAAAGAACUCGGUGAUUGGAAGUAAUAAACAGAAAGGAAUUGUUAUUCAAAUGGGUGUCUUACCAAGGCUAUUCCAGAUACUAUUAGAUAAAAAUUCCAGCAAUGAAUUAAUGGUAGAAACUGCUGUAACAUUAGGUAGUUUAGCCAGAGGCACAGACAAGCAUGUUGAAGAAUUGUUAAAUGCUGGCCUUCUAAAUGUGAUUUUAAGAGGUUUAGCAAGUACUCAUCAGAAACUGAUGGAAGCAUGCUUGAGGUGCAUGCGGACUGUUUUAUCUCGCAAAGAGUCGCCAGUUGAAGUAUUAUAUAAUGACCCAACACUUGUGCCUCAUCUUGUUAGGCUUGCCAAACAACCGUCUGCAACAGUGCAAGAAUGUGUUAUGACAAUGCUGUAUUCCGGCUGUCAGACUGCUGAACAUCAAGAUAUUCUAUGUGAAAAUGGAGUACUUGAACUUUUAGCUCCAAUGUUAUGUUGUUCUAUCUAUCGAGUUCAAAUUCCAAGUUUGAGAUGUUUAGCUCAAAUGUGUUAUCAAAACGAAAAAGUUUCUGAAUUAGCUGCAACAUCUAGUUUUGGGGGAAGAUCUGUUCCUGAUAUCCUUAUUUCUCUUAUGAGUCGGGACCGAACAACAGAAAUGCAGUUAGUAUCAGCAAAAUGCAUGACGUAUAUGUUUCGAGCUGGUGCACUUUCUGCUGACGAUUCAAGAAUAAUAUAUAAGGCACUUCCGACAUUGGUACGUAUGUGUCAGAAAGAUGUUGCACCUGAAGAAAGAGUUGAAGGAGCCGAAACUUUAGCAUACCUGACUGAAGUAGACACAGAAUUACAGCGCAUAGCAAGCAUUAGUGAUCAUUUAAUUCCAACAUUAUCUGAACUAUUGAAGUUUCGAACCCCAGUUCAAAAUGGAACUGAUGUAAAUGAUGAUAUAGCUAAUGGAGAUGAAAUAAAAAUAGAUGUAGUUCCAAAGGCUGUUCAAGAGGUAAAAAUGGCUCAAGAAAUGAAACAAGCUGCUUUCAAAGCAUUUUCUUCUUUGGCUGCAAAUGAUGAAGAGAUACGAAAGAAGAUAAUUGACACUGAUACAUUAAUGGAAAAUGUAGUUGGUGCUUUCUCAGAUCCAAACCCUCGUGUUCGCUUAGCUGCUGUUAGAUGUCUUCACAGUUUAUCUCGAUCAGUUCAACAGCUACGCACAACAUUCCAAGACCAUGCCGUUGGCGACCCCCUCAUGAAACUAUUGCACAAUGCAAAUGAUGACAUCUUAACAGUUGCAUCGAGUACGUUGUGCAACCUUCUGUUAGAGUUUUCUCCAAGCAAGGAGCCAAUCCUGGAGUGUGGUGCUGUAGAACUUCUGUGUGGGCUCACUCGAAGAGAAGACCCUUCAUUACGUCUGAAUGGAGUCUGGGCACUCAUGAACAUGGCUUUCCAAGCUGAUCACAAGAUUAAGGCACAGAUAUUAACUGCUUUGGGUAGCGAGCAUGUUUUUCGUUUGCUGUCCGACUCCGAUGUAGAUGUUCUUAUGAAGACACUAGGAUUGCUGAGGAAUCUUCUCUCCACCAAGCCACACAUAGACCAUAUCAUGGGACUUCAUGGAAAACAAGUCAUGCAAGCAAUUGUACUCAUUUUAGAAAGCGAUCAUAAUGCAGAAGUCAAGGAGCAAGCUCUUUGUAUUCUUGCUAACAUAGCAGAUGGUGACUUUGCUAAGAACUUCAUAAUGUCUAAUGAAGAUGUUCUUAAAAAACUGACUACUUAUAUGAUGCAUUCAAAUGUUAAACUUCAAAUUGCUGCUACAUUUUGCAUCUCUAAUUUAGUAUGGAAAGAGGAAGAAGGGGCACUAGAACGGCAAGCAAAAUUGAAAGAUUUAGGAGUUCAGCAAUUACUGCAGCAGUUACUGUCAACAAGCGACACAACACUUUUUGAUCGGGUGAAAACUGCUCUGCAUCAAUUCCCCAGUCAAGGAACCUGAAAGAAUUUUUUUUAUAUUAGUGCUCUAAUAAAUUUUACUGAUAUGUCUUAAUGUCUCUUGUCGU